CCUCAGGUAACACAUUGUUCGCAAAAGUGCCCAAGUAUUCAUUUUUCCUGGCACACGUCGCUGUUAUUGUGCUCAUCCAUCUUCUCAUCGGUUGCCUGCCGCAUUAUUCUUGAAUUGGAUGAUUGGCAUAUUUUACAUUACCUCAUAGUAUAAAAGGGAAAGCCACCUGGUAGUUAGGAGUUCAGUGCAGCUGCUGUUGCACAUUGAUUAUUCUGCACGGUACGUUGCUGAACAACAGUGCCGGAAUUCCUUCCUUGGUUCCCCGCCAGUUUGCAGUCCCCCUUUUUUUUAUUUUUUUUUUUACAUUCUCGUCCGCUUUUGACUCUUACUCGGUAAUGCCUGCGCUAAUCUUCAGGCUAAACCUAAGACUUGGCUGGCAUCCUCCUGGAUUUCGCGCCAAUGCUGACAGACGGGCAUUCGUUUGUUCUGUUUCUUCUGAGGAAAAAUGUUGUAAGUGUGUGUCAUCGUGGCUCUUUCCAAACUCAAGCAAAACAAUAAAUGUGAGGCGGGAUUGGCACAUCUCCGCACUCGCUUUAUCACUGGCCAAACACUGAACACUUCUGAUAGAUAGAUAGAGGAGUGCCAAAAGCUUAUUUAUUGCUUCUCGCUCAACCUCUGGCAGCUGCUAGCGGUUGAGCUGCACUGUGUUUGUUUACACAAUACCAUACCAAUGGUCCAUAGCCAUUCAUGUGAAUACAAUUGCCAUUGUACCUCUCGUAAAAUCAUCAAUGUUUGCCGGUUCGAGGUUACGAGUUAAAAAAAAAAAAAAUUGCCCGUAGUUUAAGAAUACGUUGUCACAAGGAGGCAGGCUCAGUCACCGCCGUACUUAAGAUUUUCCAUUGAUUGUUGAUUGAUUGCGUCACCGUCAUACUGUCCAUUCAAAAUCAGGGUACAUGGUUGAGGUCGAAACGAAACUCCGGCGUACAUCGCUGACUUUCAACAACAAAAAACUUUUUAUGGACUCAAGGCAAUGCGAAUGUCUUACAUGUCGUUUGUCCCCAAUUUUAACGCGUUGCACUUCAAUUCCCUCGCGUAAAAUGAUUUGUAAUUCGAACGUGGAAAGGUUUGUUCCACCUUGAUUUACCCUUGCGGCUGCGCGUCGUUAAUGUGUUUCGACAGCGAGUUCAGGGCGGUGGCCGCGUUUGAAUGAGUGAUGUGCAGCCUUUUAAAGGUCUGGUGGGCGGUGCGAGUGCUCUAUUUACACCAGGCCCGCUCCGCCCUGCACGCCGCGCUUAGAAAACUGAUGGUGGGCCGCUGGAGGAGGCGAGACAAGUGCAAACGGGGAUGUGAGCAAGAUCGUCCGGUUCCACUCCCUCCCCCGGCUCGAUUGUAGCAUCCUCCUCCUCUUCCUUCUCUUUUCGGCGUUUUGAAACGGGGCUCGUUUCGAGUGGUUCUUGUUUGUUUUGGGGUUUUUUUUUUCCUUCCCUUUUGGGAGCUCAAUGGCUGCGACAUUGGCGAUGAGCGGAGGCGGUGGCGGGCACGAGGAGCCCUUCUACCCGUUGCACAAGGCGUCCUUGCCCGCAGGAUUCCACUUGGAGGACUUCGGCUUGGAGUUCAAGAUGAGCGAGUCGGACCGAGGCGGACACGGCGUCUACACGCAGGCAAAGUGUGAGAUGGACCGCUAUCUCUCCCCGGAGCCACUUGCAGACACUCUCAAGGCCCAAAGAGAAAGCGCCGCAGGGGUGGAUCACUUUUUCGGGGAGGCGCCCUACACCCUCAACAUGAAUCUCUUCCUGCCCGACGUGGCUUACCCGAGACCGGGCUUGGCCCAGCCGCCGCGGCCCCCUCAGCCCCACGGGGACCUCGUUCAGAUCAAGACGGAAACGGCGGAGCCGUGCUUCUCUCAGAACCUCCAGGUGCCCACGAGUAGCUGCGGCGGCGCCCUGGAGGCCAACAUGACGGGCUUGCCCGACUUCACCAGCGCUUUCAAUCAGCCGGGCAGCGAGGCCCUGCCGGAGGUGUUCAUCAAACAGGAGAUGUCGUCGCCGUUCGAGCAGCAGCUUCACCAGCACGACGGCGGCGCCUCGCUCUUCCAGCUCCUGAUCUCGGGCUUGGAGCAUCACCAUGGCGACGGCAUGGAUGCUCACCAUCAUCCCAACCCUCAGCAGCAGCAGCAGCACCUUCCGCACUCCUCCGCCGUCCACACGCCCUUCCGUAGCACCCAACCAGAUCAGACUGCUAAGUCUUCCUUCUGCGGCGGCCCCCCGUAUUCACGCCCGCAUGCCCACUUCUUCCAGCAGCAGCAGCAGCAGGCGGCCUACCUGCCGCCCUCGCCGCCCAGCUCCGAGCCGGGCAGCCCCGACAGGCAGAAGGAACUCCUGCACACCAUGUCGCCGCCGCCCUCGUACGCGGCCACCAUCGCCUCCAAGCUGGCGGGCGGCGCCCCUGGACUGGCGCCCGAAACCUUGGCGCUGCCGCUUUCGGGCGCCGCACCCGCCGUGCCGGGGCAAGCCGCGCCGCUGCCCCACGCCCCCGCGGCCACGCAGUCCCUCACCGCCGCCCGCUACAACCGCAGGAACAACCCUGACUUGGAGAAGCGACGGAUCCACCACUGUGACUAUCCAGGCUGCAAGAAGGUCUACACCAAGUCGUCCCAUCUGAAAGCCCACCUCAGGACCCACACGGGUGAGAAGCCUUACAGAUGCACGUGGGACAGCUGCGACUGGCGCUUCGCCCGCUCGGACGAGCUGACGCGCCAUUACCGCAAGCACACGGGCGCCAAGCCCUUCCAGUGCGCCGUGUGCUCGCGCUCCUUCUCCCGCUCGGACCACCUGGCCCUGCACAUGAAGAGGCACCAGAACUAACACUUUGACCACGCCCGACGCGCUCGCUCAUGCCAUUUUGUUGUUGGUGGUGUUGUUUUCUUCAUUUCGGGCAGGGGGGGUUAUUACUUUUUUUUUUUUUUUUUUCUCCACACCGACUCCUCUCGGUGGAGCGGGAACAACUGGAAGCUUCAGAUGCACUCAGUCCAGACCGGCCCCAAAAAGGUCCGGCAAUCCGUUGAUGAGCGGAACGAUGGCACUUAACCCCGCGGACGAGCGGUGAGCACGUGCCCCGCACGGUUGUCAGAUUCGGGAUCGGAGUCUCGGCUCCGUUGGACAAGUGCGGCGUUGGCGUGUUCUCCGGGUUCCUCCCACAUUCCGAAAAACAUGCACGCGAGGUGCAUUGAAGACUCUAAAUUGUCCACGGGUGUGAAUGGGAGUGUGACUGCUUUUGUUUGUCUGGCCUGUUCGCAACAGGGUGACUUUUCCGGAUGAACCUAAAAUGCUUGUGAAGUUUUGUUUUGUUUGUUUGUUUGUUUGAUUUUUCUGCACAACUGGCUGUUGGGGCCAAUAAAUUCCUGAUUUAGUCCUCGUCAUCGCGCUGGUCACAUUUUGACAUCGUGAGACCAGAAUGAGUCCUGACAAGUGAUCAACGGUGGCGCUGAAUGAUUUUGAAAAAUAAUCAGUCCCGCCCUUUGAUGUUGCGACUCUCUCUUUUAUUAUUUUUCUUCCCAAGUUGCUCUUCCAAUGUACUCUGAACAAACGCAAGCAAUAAGUCAACCCGUUAUGACAAUAAAUGUCCGCUUUACUAUACAGAAAUGUUCUGGUCUUAAAAAGUGAGGCGAAAGGCAUACGCAGCCUUAAUUCAUCGGAACGACACUUUAUCUCCUUCGGUUGCGAACUUGCUCGACAGCGGGACACGGCGCUCGCCGUGACGGCUUCCCCAAAAUUCUGUCAAGCGAGUGCUGCGUGAGCAGAAGUCACGAAGUCAUAAAUCAGAUGACAGCAGCAAUGCAAACAAAUGUGAGGGCUGUGUCGCUUCACCAUUUUCACGCUUCACGAAACGAUGCAAUGUGAACGCGCCGACCGCUCUCGAUGUUGCGGUUCGCUUCCCAAGGUGCAGCUGCACGAUAUCUUCUCAAUUCUCCCAAAUGUUCCUGCAACGAGCAAACGGCUCUUGCUAUUGUCGGUUGUACUCACAUUUUGGUGUCGCCAUGAAAAAGGUUGAGGUGGUUUUGAUUUAAAAAAAAAAUGGGGGGGGGGGGUGAUAGUCUUCCUGAAUCAUGUGCAGUGAGAAGAUGGGAUAGUCCAUUGCAUGAGAAGGAAACGAUCAUGAUGAAUGAAUUUUGCUUCUGCGGCCGGUUUGGUCCGUAAAAAGUCAGAAAAUAGGCAAAAAAUUGUUUUCCAAAGUCCAAGCGGAUUUUUGCAAAUUAUUUUGACUCAAGACAAUGAGAAGAUCGACCGCCGAUAGGCUGAAAUUUUGACGUUUGGGACAAUUUUAGGCUUCGGUGAUCAGAAGUGAUCAGCCAUUCAUUUGACGAUCAAUUAGUUAUCGGGUCAUCGAUGCAGCUCCACACCGGUUGUCAUUUUUUGCCAUUCAGCUGUUUAGAGGACACCGUUUUAUGCAAAAAAAAACAACAAAAAAAAAACAUCGGACAGUUGGACAUGCGCAUUCAGAAAGGUCAAAUGGAGUUUUCGUGCGAACUACAUUUUUGGUUCACCAUGAAAAUGUUUUUGUGAGUCGUAUGACUGGCUGGCGACCAGUCCAGGGUGUUGCCCGCCUUUUGGCCCAAGUCCGCCACGACCCGAACAAACAAACAUGCGGCGUGGCAAAUGGAUGAUUGAAUGAAUGUGCAAAACUAGUCUUGCCAAAUCUUAUUUUGUUACUUCCUAGAACUGGAAUAUCUCGUUUGUGCUUUUUGUUGUUGUUGUUUGUUUUUCAAUCAAAUCAUUUUGUUUGCACACACACACACACACACACACACACACACACACACACACACACACGAAAAAAGAUAAUGCAGACCAAUGAGACAAUAAAAAACGACACCGCUAGACGAUCGGUGCGUCAGGAGAUGGAAGGAAGGGAAAAAGGGGGCGAGGCGGAUUUAUAGAAGGAUUUUUUUUUUUUAAUUCAGCGAGGGAGUUUGCUAAAGAGCAGCAAUUAGCUGAUCAAUUAUUCAUUUUGUCUUUUAGCGAAGCAGACACAAACACGAGCGGCUUAAAAAAACACUCUCUCGUCUCCUCCUCUUUUCAUUUUUCUUUUUUGCCGUGCAUCUUCCCAGCUCUUUUUUUUGUUGUUUUUUUAACCAAAGCCUGUCAGCAUCUCCAACCUUUCCUCAAAGUGCCUCGAUGUCGUCUGCCUUGUGUUGGAAUUCAUGGUAGCAAAGCUGUGUUGCACUGAGACUUUCAAACAAUCACGGUGCUGUUGUUGUUUUUCUUUCAUUUUUUUUUUAUUGUUGCAACAAAAGGAAUGGUGAAACGUUUCAUCAGCCGACAUGCAAACAGUCCAAAGUGUGUGUGUGUGUGUGCGUGUGUGUGUGUGUGUGUGUGUGUGUGUGUUGACUCACAGCAGGUAGCAUCCAGAGACUAGCACUGUAAACGUCAAAAUCACGCGACAUCUGACUAUUUAUUUGUGUACAAGUGGGGUUGCUAUCACAUCGCCGUCUUCUGCCCCAGCAAAAAAAUAAAAAAUAAAAUAAUGCCUUAAUGUAAAUACAUAUUGAUGCACUGUAAAUACCUUUUUUUAGCUUUGUUUUUUUUUGUAAAACAAAGGG